AUGAUUACAUUCGAACACUCAUUUGUGAGGGAGACAUCAGUAAUCGACGGCGGCGAUUUGAAUAUCAAUUUCAUGGUGAUUCUUGGUGCUCAAAUAUUAACGCACGAGAAGAAAAAGAUGGAGGGGAGUCAUAAAUUCCCGUUGGAAGAGAGCGGGGAUUAUCAGAUAUGUUUCGACAACUCAUUCAGUUAUCAGACGCGAAAAGUUGUUUUCUUCGAAAUUUAUUUACUGGAUGAGAAUGGGAGCUUCGACGAAACAAACAUGAUGAAGGAAUUUGGCCCUAUGAAAAAAGAAGACAGUGAAUUAGGCUUUGAACUAAAACAGUUCCAGACGGCAUCGAAUAACAUCAAGAACCGACUGAACCAAGUUGAAUACCAUCAGUCCUUGUUACGGGCUUACGAAGCUCGCGAUCGAGCAAUAAUGAAUGCAAAUCUGGAACGUGUAACUCUGUGGUCGACUAUCAACUCCGUUGUAUUAGUAACUGUUGGCUUGAUGCAGGUUCUUUGA